AUGUCGGACACCAAGCACCGGCCAGCCGUUCAAACAACAGCUGCAGAACACUAUGGCGAAGUUCCGUCCCCAGUGGUGUCUGCCCAUCCGACGAGGGAAAGUUCCGCACCGGAAAUCGCUGCGGACCUAGUCGAUGAACAAAAGAAAGGGUUUUUUGCCUACUUCCGGACCAAGGAGUUUUACGUAACUUUGCUACUUGGACAGUUUUUGGCGAUCGCGAACACUGGCACCAACACGUUCAACACGCUUCUUGCGAACAAGAACACCAAUAUCCCGGCUUUCCAAACAUUCUUCAAUUAUUCCCUGCUGAACAUCAUCUUCACCUCGUACACCAUAUACAAGUAUGGUAUCAAAGGCUGGUUUGAGAUGCUAUGGAAGCGCGGGUGGAAAUAUAUCAUUCUUUCAUUCUGCGAUGUCGAGGGCAACUACUUCAUGGUCUUGGCCUACGAGUACACCACUAUGAUGAGCGCGCAGUUGAUCAAUUUCUGGGCCAUUGUCGUCGUAGUCGUUGUAUCUUUCCUGUUCCUUCGCGUUCGUUACCACAUUUCUCAGGUGCUCGGCAUAUUGAUUUGCAUCGGUGGUAUGGGUAUCUUGAUUGCGUCUGAUCAUAUCCAAGGCACGAACGGGGGCGAUAUUUCGCGCGGCAAUCAGAUCAAAGGUGACCUUUUUGCCCUCCUGGGAGCGUCCUUUUACGGUCUCGCAAACACGGGUGAGGAGUUUUUCGUCAGCACAGCACCGGUAUACGAGGUCAUUGGUCAGAUGGGAUUUUUCGGCAUGAUAAUCAACGGUGUCCAGGCGGCAAUCUUUGAUCGCAAAUCCAUUCAGCACGCGCACUGGGACGGACAGGUGGGCGGAUACCUGACAGGUUACACCUUGUGUUUAUCAAUCUUUUAUUCAACGGCACCACUAUUAUUCCGUCUUGCGUCUGCAGCCUUCUUCAACAUCUCCCUCUUGACCAUGAACUUCUGGGGUGUCAUCAUUGGCAUUCGGGUCUUCCACUACAGCGUUCACUGGAUGUAUCCGAUUGCGUUUGUUCUUAUUAUCGUCGGCCAGCUUGUCUACUAUCUCGGGCGAAAGGUCUUGGGAGAAGCCCGCAAGCCUUGGCUUGGUCGAAACCAGGAACGUGGAGUUGCCGGCAUUUUCACCGCGAAACGAAGAAUUGAAUCGAGUGCAGCGGCUUUCCGCACGGCACCAGCAUGAUAAUGGAUCAAAGGAUACAAACAUGAGUUGAAGCUGGUCUAGCAUGUUUUCGAUAAGAGCGAUCGUGUUUUGAGCAGAUUUACUGCAAUCAAGGAGUCAUA